UACACCACGUACACCGAUGAUCAGAGCUGUGUUGGCUCGAUGCUAGCUGGCUAGCUAACGGUCUGUCAAUUCGCACACAUUGGGCUAGAAGAGGGGGAAGCGCAGCGGUGGAGAAGAAGGGCGACCCAAGCGCCGCUACGAAAUGGCCGGGCAACAGUUCCAGUACGAUGACAGCGGCAACACGUUUUUCUAUUUCCUAACGUCCUUCGUCGGACUCAUUGUGAUCCCGGCCACAUAUUACCUCUGGCCCCGGGAUCAGAAUGCUGAACAACUGCGUCUGAAGAGCCUGAGGAGGGUACACGGCAGGUGUCUGUGGUACCGGCUCAGGCUGAUGAAGUCACAGCAGAGCAUUGUACCAACACUAAAGAAAGCAGCUUUGUUAUUUGGCUGGGCUGUGUUCCUGCUGCUGGCCUACAAGGUGUCCAAGCUGGACAGAGAGUACCAGGAGUAUAAUCCAUAUGAAGUCCUCAACUUGGACCCGGGUGCAUCACUGUCACAAAUCAAGAAGCAAUACCAUGUACUGUCACUCAAGUACCAUCCUGACAAAGGUGGUGAUGAGGCCACAUUCAUGAGAAUCGCCAAAGCCUAUGCUGCUCUGACCAAUGAACAGUCAAGACAGAACUGGGAAAUAUACGGUAACCCAGAUGGUCCAGGAGCCACCAGCUUUGGUAUUGCCCUGCCUGCCUGGAUUGUGGACCAGAAGAACUCAAUGCUGGUGCUGUUGGUAUAUGGACUAGCCUUUAUGGUCAUCCUUCCAGUUGUUGUGGGCACAUGGUGGUACCGCUCCAUCCGAUACAGCGGGGACCAGAUCCUCAUCAACACCACCCAGCUCUUCAUGCAUUUCAUGUACAAGACGCCCAACAUGAACAUGAAGCGGUUAGCCAUGGUGUUGACCGCAGCAUUUGAGUUUGACCCUCGCAGCAAUAAAGAAGCCACCAUACGACCGACAGACAACAUUGAAGUGCCACAGUUGAUCCGUGAGUUAGGAAAUAUCAACGUGAAGAAGAAGGAGCCUCCAUUCUGCUAUCCUUACAGUUUGAAGGCCAGGGUGUUAGUGCUCGCUCACUUGGCACGCAUGGAUGUAUCAGAGGAGUUGGAAGAAGAUCAGAGGUUUGUGGUGAGGAAGAGUCCGGCUCUCCUCCAGGAGAUGAUCAACGUGGGCUGUCAGCUUACCAUGAUGGCCAACAGCAGAGGAGGCUUUCACGCACCUCGAUUGGUAACCAUAGAGAAUUGCAUGAAACUGACCCAAAUGAUAGUGCAGGGUCUGCAGGAGUCAAAGUCACCACUGCUGCAGCUGCCCCACUUUGAGGAGGAGCACCUCCGCUACUGCAUCUCUAAGAAGUAUAAAGUCCGGAGCCUCCAGGACCUGGUGAGUCUCAAGGACUCCGACAGACGCAGCAUGCUGCGCUUCCUUGGGGAGGAGAAGUACGAUGAAGUCAUGGCUGUGCUGGGCAGCUUCCCUCACAUCACCAUGGACACCAAACUGCAGGUCCUUGAUGAUGAAGACAGCAAUAACAUCACAGCAGGCUCUAUUGUCACAGUAACCGUCACCUUAACCAGAAAACGGAUGGCGGAGGUGUUUGAAAAGGAGCAGGAGUCGACACCGUGUCUAGCAGAGGAGACUGCCACUACAGAGGAAACACAGGGGGACACGAGUAAAACCAAAACAAAAGUUUGGCAGAACAAAAGUAAAGGGGCUAAGAAGACAGCCAAGUCCAAGAAGAAAAAAUUAACCAAGAAGAAGGCCACUCCUGCACCUGCCAAAACAAAGCAGGCCAACGGCAACGUGGCAGGAAAUGAAGUCGUCGUAGCAGCAGCAGCAACAGCAGCAGUGAAGGAGGAAGAGGAUGAGGUCUCAGACAAGGGCAGCGAGUCAGACGAGGGCGAAGCCAACAAGGACUCUCCCAGCGAGAGAGACGAAGACAGUGACAAACAGAGUGACACAGAGGUGGACGAGAUGGCCGGUGACGAUGAAGAGGAGUGGGAGGCGUUGCAGCAGAGCAUCCAGCGGCGAGAGCGGGCCCUGCUGGAGACCAAGUCGAAGGUGACGCACCCUGUCUACAGCCUCUACUUCCCUGAAGAGAAGCAGGAGUGGUGGUGGCUCUACAUCGCCGACCGCCGAGAUCAGACGCUCGUCUCCAUGCCGUACCACGUCUGCACGCUAAAAGACACAGAAGAGGUGGAGCUGAAGUUUCCAGCGCCCUCCAAAACAGGCAACUACCAAUAUUCUGUCAUCCUCCGCUCUGAUUCCUACCUGGGACUGGACCAGAUCAAACCACUCAAGCUGGAGGUCCACGAGGCCAAGGCCAUGCUGGACAACCACCCACAGUGGGACAUCCCAGACACGGAGGAGGAGGACGAAGAGCAGGAGGACAGCGACGGCAUCGAGGAGAGCGAAGACGACGACGAGGACAACGACUGAAUGCAGA